GAGGGUUUGGGAACAUCUCCUGCCCAACGGUUGAUGGGGCGGCGUACGCGAACACUACUACCGACUCACAAAAAUCUUCUCAAACAGCCAAUCAGUGAAAGCACAAGAGAUAAACUAGUUGCUCGGAAAUCGCGACAAAUUCACCAUUAUAACAAGACACACCAACCUCUUCAACCAUUGAAGAAAGGUCAAGCUAUCCGAAUGAAAUUGCCAAACGCAACAAAAUGGACGCUUGGAACUUGUACCAGGGUUUUAGACAACAGAUCAUACGAAGUAGAUGUGAGCGGUAGGAAGUACCGCCGAAAUCGCCGACAACUACGAGCAUCGCAAGAAAGACCUCCAACACCACCUGUUGCUGGGAGUGAUCCUGAGUUUGAACCUGAGCAGAGCAGAAGGGAACCAGAGAACCGUUUGGUGGAGAAUGAAGCUAACCCCGAACACACACCAUCAUUAGACAGUGCACCCUCGGCUGAGAACAGCGAAAAACCACCACGACGCUCAGAACGCGUAAGAUGCAAACCUGGGUGGCACAAGGAAUAUGUAAUGGAAUGAACUGAAAGCAUUGGACAAUUCGAACUUGAAGUACCUUAGUAAGAUUGUAUACAUAUCUAUUCCAUAAUUUAUAUUUUGUUUUGUUUUGUCGAAAAAGAAAAGGGAAAGAUGUCACGAUAUUAUGAGGUGACGUCACGACGCAAUUUUGAUGGACAGGUGCAGCAGACGGCGUGUGCGAGACAAUUACAAAGGCAGACACAAUAUAGUAUAUAGAUUGUAAGCAUGUAACUACAUUUUCACGAUUUCUCGUUGAGUUUAUAAAGUAUCGUAAU